AUGACUUUAUAUAUCUGUUGCUUCACUCUUUUGCUAUUUACCUGGAAUGCUGCUGCCUACGGGCCAAACCAACGGGCACAGAAGAAGGGAGACAUUAUUCUUGGAGGAUUAUUCCCCAUUCAUUUUGGAGUGGCUGCUAAAGACCAGGAUCUAAAAUCAAGACCAGAAUCAGUGGAGUGUAUAAGGUAUAAUUUCCGAGGCUUCCGCUGGCUCCAGGCUAUGAUCUUUGCCAUAGAAGAAAUAAACAGUAGCCCAACUCUCCUUCCCAACAUGACUCUUGGAUACAGGAUAUUUGACACUUGCAAUACAGUCUCGAAAGCCCUGGAGGCCACACUGAGUUUUGUGGCCCAGAACAAGAUAGAUUCCCUGAAUCUGGAUGAAUUUUGCAACUGCUCAGAACACAUCCCUUCCACAAUUGCAGUCGUGGGGGCAACCGGCUCUGGCAUCUCCACCGCGGUGGCCAACCUGCUGGGACUCUUUUACAUACCUCAGGUCAGCUAUGCCUCAUCCAGUCGACUCUUGAGCAAUAAGAACCAGUUCAAGUCCUUUCUCCGCACAAUCCCCAAUGACGAGCACCAAGCUACGGCAAUGGCAGACAUCAUUGAGUACUUCCGCUGGAACUGGGUGGGAACAAUUGCAGCUGAUGAUGACUAUGGCCGGCCAGGGAUUGAAAAGUUUCGGGAGGAGGCAGAGGAGAGAGAUAUCUGCAUUGAUUUUAGUGAGCUCAUCUCCCAGUAUUCAGAUGAAGAGGAGAUCCAGCAGGUGGUGGAGGUCAUCCAGAACUCCACAGCAAGGGUGAUUGUAGUUUUCUCCAGUGGCCCAGACCUGGAGCCUCUCAUCAAAGAAAUAGUCAGGCGAAACAUCACUGGAAAGAUCUGGCUGGCAAGUGAGGCCUGGGCCAGCUCUUCCCUGAUAGCUAUGCCGGAGUUCUUCCGUGUUAUUGGCAGCACCAUUGGGUUUGCACUGAAAGCAGGACAGAUUCCAGGCUUCCGUGAGUUCCUGCAGAAGGUGCAUCCCAAAAAGUCCAGUAACAAUGGCUUUGCCAAGGAGUUUUGGGAGGAGACAUUUAACUGCUAUCUCCCUGACGGGUCCAAAAAUUCUCCAGCUUCAACUUCCUUCCACAAAGGCCAUGAAGAAGGACUGGGAUCUGGAAAUGGAACAGCUGCCUUCCGACCUCCCUGCACGGGGGAUGAGAACAUCACCAGCGUGGAGACACCGUACAUGGACUACACACACUUGCGGAUAUCCUAUAACGUGUAUUUGGCAGUAUAUUCUAUUGCCCAUGCCUUGCAGGAUAUAUAUACCUGUACCCCUGGGAAAGGGCUCUUCACUAACGGAUCCUGCGCGGACAUUAAGAAGGUUGAGGCGUGGCAGGUUCUCAAGCAUUUGCGGCACUUAAAUUUCACCAAUAACAUGGGGGAGCAAGUAGAUUUUGAUGAGUUUGGGGACCUGGUAGGGAAUUACUCAAUCAUCAAUUGGCAUCUCUCUCCGGAGGAUGGCUCAGUUGUCUUUGAAGAGGUUGGGCACUACAACGUUUAUGCCAAGAAAGGGGAGAGGCUCUUUAUCAAUGAAAACAAGAUCCUGUGGAGUGGAUUCUCUAAGGAGGUGCCUUUCUCCAACUGCAGCAGGGAUUGCCUCCCAGGCACAAGGAAGGGCAUUAUUGAGGGGGAGCCCACCUGCUGCUUUGAGUGUGUGGACUGCCCUGAUGGGGAGUACAGUGAUGAAACAGAUGCAAGUGCCUGUGACAAGUGCCCUGAGGAUUACUGGUCCAAUGAGAACCACACAUCCUGCAUCCCCAAGCAGAUAGAGUUUCUGUCCUGGACCGAGCCCUUUGGGAUUGCUCUGACUCUCUUUGCUGUGCUGGGGAUUUUCCUGACUUCUUUUGUCCUGGGAGUCUUCACCAAAUUUCGCAACACACCCAUUGUGAAGGCCACAAACAGAGAGCUGUCCUACCUCCUCCUCUUCUCCUUGCUCUGCUGUUUCUCCAGCUCGUUGUUCUUCAUUGGUGAGCCCCAGAACUGGACUUGCCGUCUGCGGCAGCCAGCUUUUGGCAUCAGUUUUGUCCUCUGUAUCUCUUGCAUCCUGGUAAAAACCAACCGUGUCCUGCUUGUCUUUGAGGCAAAGAUCCCCACCAGCCUCCACCGAAAGUGGUGGGGCCUCAACCUCCAGUUCCUCCUGGUCUUUUUGUGCACAUUUGUGCAGAUUGUUAUCUGUGUGAUUUGGCUCUACACGGCCCCGCCGUCCAGCUACCGUAACCAUGAACUGGAGGAUGAGAUUAUCUUCAUCACCUGCCAUGAAGGCUCCCUGAUGGCCCUUGGCUUCCUCAUUGGCUACACCUGCCUCCUGGCAGCCAUUUGCUUCUUCUUUGCCUUCAAGUCCCGAAAGCUGCCGGAGAAUUUUAAUGAGGCCAAGUUCAUCACCUUCAGCAUGCUGAUAUUCUUCAUCGUGUGGAUCUCCUUCAUCCCUGCUUAUGCCAGUACAUAUGGCAAGUUUGUCUCUGCUGUGGAGGUGAUUGCAAUACUGGCUGCCAGCUUUGGCCUCCUGGCCUGCAUCUUCUUCAACAAAGUCUACAUCAUCCUCUUCAAGCCCUCCCGCAACACAAUUGAGGAGGUGCGCUGCAGCACAGCUGCCCACGCUUUCAAGGUGGCUGCCAGGGCUACCCUGAGACGAAGCAAUGUGUCCCGCAAACGUUCCAAUAGCCUGGGGGGCUCCACCGGCUCCACGCCUUCCUCAUCCAUCAGCAGCAAGAGCAACCACGAGGACCCUUUCCCUCUACCAGCCUCUGCCGAGCGGCAGCGGCAGCAGCAGCGUGGAUGCAAGCAAAAGGUCAGCUUUGGGAGUGGCACAGUCACUCUGUCACUGAGCUUUGAGGAGCCACAGAAGAAUGCCAUGGCCAACAGGAAUGCCAAGCACAGGAACUCCCUGGAAGCCCAGAACAGCGACGACAGCCUGAUGCGGCACCGAGCCCUGCUGCCACUGCAGAAUAACGAGCCUCUCGGCACUGAGCCCAACUUCCAGGCAGCUUCCAGCCCAGAGACCAGUUCACAGGAGUCGGUGGUAGGAGACACCAAAGAAGAGGUGCCAGGCCCUGAGGCAGAACCUUCCCUGCCGUCGGCUAACUCCCGAAAUUUUAUAGGUCCUGGAGGUGGCUCUGUCACAGAGAACACAGUACAUUCCUAA